AUGAAUACGGAUUUAAAAAAUAAUGUAAAAAAAGAUGAAACUCCCAAAAUAAAAGCUGUAACAUUUAAGAAAGGAAUGCUACCAGAAGAUCUUCAUUUGGCGCUUGGUCAACUUAGGAUUUGGGCUCAAGGCAAUGGAGCUAAAAGUGCAUUUGAGAAGGUGUUUACAUUAUCUGACCUCAAGAUUCUUGUUCAGGCAUUUCAAAAUGAAUCAGUUGAUAUAAAAGGAAAAAAAAAAUCAGUCUUUGUUGUUAGCAGUUACAAUUCUUUAGAUUAUCAAAGAAGUAUGAAUAAUACUCAAAGUUUCCAAUUUGGAUUCAGCUCAAGGUGA